AUGGCGAUAUUAUCUCUCUUUCGAUUUGCACUGGAAAACAUCCGCACUUUGCGUAUAGCAUAUGUCCUUCUUGUUGGUUCCUUGAGUGAUGAAGGAGCAAUAGGCCUUGUAUUUAUGUACAAAGUGUUUGUUGGCGAUGAGGCCAAGUGGACGAAACAAAUGCACGAUCAGUAUGGCGAGACGGUUCGAUUGGGUCCCGAUCGACUGACCUGCACUACUCCACAAGGUUGGAAGGAUAUCUCAGGUCACAGGACUGGAGGCCGACAAGAGAACGGCAAAGACCCAAAAUCAGUUCUACCUGAACAUAACGGCAAGUAUAGUUUAGCCACAGUUUUCAAUGUCAAAGAAAACCCGAGACAGAGGAAAGUAUUUACCCAUGCUUUCAGCGACAAAGCACUUAAGCUACAAGAACCUCUUAUCCGCCAAUUUUUUGACAAGCUAAUCGGAAAUAUCACCAAAGCAAUUUCUAAUGACCCAGAAGUCCGCUUCGACGCCGUCAAGCUCUAUAAUUACACGGAUUUCGACAUUAUAGGCGAACUUACAUUCGGGGAGCCACUUAGGCUACUAGACACGUCGGAAUAUACACCCUGGAUCUAUGCCAUCUUUUCCAAUCUGAAGAGACUUGCAUUCCUUCGUUUCAACUUAGAGUUUCCAGAAUUUGGAGCAGUAAUAAGAGCCCUGACACCACCAAAAGUCAUGGAAGAUGCGCGAGAUCACUUUGAAGAUUCCGCAACUCGAGUCGACAAGCGUCUUGCCAAGGUUACUAAGGGCGACAAACCUGACUUUUGGGAGCUUGCUCUCUCGAAGAGGAAAGACUACCUAACCCAAGGUCAAAUGUAUGCCAAUUCCUCUACAUUUAUGAUAGCUGGGACAGAGACUACCGCAACUCUCAUUAGCGGAUUAACUUCCUUGCUUUUGAAACAUCCUGAUCAGAUGGAGAAGGUAAAAGAAGAAGUGCGAGCUUUGGCUAAAGAGGAUUUAAGACUUGAAGUCUUGCCUAGACUACCGUACCUGAGUGCUUGUUUCGAAGAGGCUCUGCGUGUAUAUCCGCCAGUGCCUACCACCUUAUUCCGCGUCACACCCGCAAGCGAACGGUGGUUGCCAAAUACGGGGUACGACAAUGACCGCAAGGAUGCCAUGCAGGUAUUCUCUGUCGGCCCUCGAAACUGCACUGGAAAAAAGUACGUCAUCCAAAUGCGCAUAACAUUCGCCACCGCCCUUUGGAACUUCGACUUUAAGCUGUGCCCACAAUCGGAAAACUGGAUCGACCAAAAGGUGUUUGCGCUGUGGGAAAACCCCGAACUCUGGAUGAAGCUCCAACCGGCUCAAAGAAAGACCAAAGAUGAUUCAGAAUGCUAA